GUAAUCUACGGCCCAUUCUUAUAGAAGAUAGUGGCCCAGCUCAAGUUGCUGCUGGUAAAGAGUAACUACACCGGUCUUUCCGGAAAGAAAAAAAUCGACGUGGCGGCGGCGGUUCGGCCGAAGAAGCUCCGGCGAUGUUGAUUACGAGGCUGCUUUUCCGACUAAAAUGCACGAAGAAUUCGUUUCGAGAAUGGAAAGCAUUGGAUAUUAUAGGGAAAAAGGAGGCUGGCUUUGUCGAAGGCACGCAAUUUUUUGGGACCUCUAAUGGAUAUAUGCUGACAAAGUCAAUCGCGAGAAAAUUAGGGGAGGAAGUAAUAAAUGCACUUCACCUGGGACAGAGAAGUAGAGCUUCUGAUCUACUGUCUCAGCUUGGUAAUGGAGAACGAGCAUUGAAAGUGCGCUCUUUCAUUCCUAUCCUUCAGUUUUGUGCGAGUGCACCUGAUCCAUUGUUUGCGAUGGAAACUUGGAAACUUAUGAUGGAGAAGGAUGUGAAAUUGAGUGGCAAAUGUUAUUUUUUUACAAUUAAGGCUCUCUGUAAAGGUGGUUAUUUAGAUGAGGCAUUCAAUAUUCUGAGCAUUCAAAGGGAACAUUCAGAAAUAUAUCCAACUUUACGAGUCUACAAUUAUUUGUUAAAAGCCUCCGUUCAAAUGAAUAGCUUAAAUCAUGCUAAUGAAGUCUUGCAUUUGAUGGAGCAAGAGGGAAUGCUCAAAGACAUUAUUACGUACUCUCAGCUUCUCAAGCUUGCAGUCAUGCAGCAGAACCUCUCAGCAGUUCAUGAAAUUUGGAAGGAUUGUAUCAACUACUAUUCUCUGAGCAUUAUAACUCUUCGGAAGUUCAUAUGGGCUUUCACAAGAUUGAGAGAUUUAGAGUCUGCUUAUAUGGCCUUGCAGCAAAUGGUUGCUGCAGCUUCCCAGCAUAAAUUUAGCACCAUGGCAACUUAUGAGGAAAGGUUUCGUAUUUCAAGAUUGGAUGUUCCUAUCCCUUUCAGCGACAAUUUGGCACGGGAUAGAUACAUAAAGAGUAAUUAUACUUCUGUACCUUAUAGUCUCGUGUAUAACAAGAAAAAUUAUUUGAAUAAGGGGGUUAGAUUUGGAACGCAAGUGAGAGGAGUUGCAGAUGCUGGUAUGAGUUUGCCAGAACAGCCUUUCUCUAGACCUGUCAUGAAAUUGUUAAUGGCCUCCUUUGAUGACAUCAUUUCCUCUUGUGCUCAUUCUCGGAAAAUUAUGUUUGCUGAGCAAUUAAUGUUACAGAUGCGAAUUCUUGGCUUGGAACCAUCUUCUCGUACUUAUAAUGGCUACAUAAGAGCAUUGGUUUCUGUGAAGACUUUCCAUGAUGGCAUGGAAGUGUUAAAUGUCAUGCAACAGAAAAAUAUGAAGCCUUCGGAUUCAACUCUUGCUGCACUAUCAGUUAGCUGCAGCAAGGGUUUGCAACUGGACUUGGCUGAGGCAUUCCUGGAUCAAGUAUCAAAAUGUAAUCAUGUCAAUCUUUUCAAUGAGUUCCUUAAAGCAUGUGACACAGUGGAUAAACCUGAACGAGCUAUUAGGGUAUGGGCGAGAAUGAAAUAUAGGAAUCAUAUUCCAGAUAUCAGAACAUAUGAGCUGUUGUUUUCAUUAUUUGGCAACGUCAACGCACCUUAUGACAAUGCAAAUAUGUCGUCACAAGCUGAUGCUGCUAAAAGGAUAAAGGCCAUAGAAAUGGAUAUGAUGAGGCAUGGCAUCCAGCACAAUCUUUUUUCACUACAAAACCUUCUGAAAGCUCUUGGUAGGGAGAAAAUGAUCAAGGAGCUGACACAGUACGUACGCAUUGCAGAGGAGCAGUGUAUAUAUAGAAAUACAAAUCUAGGAAUACAGAUUUAUAACACUUUUUUGCAUUCUCUUGUUGAGGCUAAAGAAAGUCAUAUGGCAAUUGAGAUAUUCAAGAAAAUGAUUUCGUGUGGACUAUCACCAAAUGUUUCAACUUAUGGCAUCAUGAUUGACUGCUGUAGCAUUAUAAAUUGCUAUACAUCUGCUUGUGCCCUGAUUUCAAGGAUGAUUCGUCAUGGCUUCCCUAUCAAUGUGGUAAUUUAUACAUGUCUGGUGAAGAUCCCGUCGAGGAGUGGAGCAUUCCAUGAGGCAUUUAGACUACUCGAUAUGGCAACCUCAGAUGCAAUUCGACCCAAUCUGUUGUUGUACAACGCCAUUCUGAAAAUAGCUAGUCAAAAGGGAAAAAUUGGUGUGCUCGAGCUGAUUAUAGAGAAGAUGCACAGGCUGAAAAUCCAACCAGAUCCAUCGACCUGCCGCCAUGUCUUCUCUGCAUAUGCAGAUAAUGGCUUCCACAGCACUGCCAUGGAAGCAUUGCAAGUCUUGAGUUUGAGAAUGAUUUCUGAAGAAGACGAUAUUCUCGAAGAGUACAGGUUGAAGUAUGAGAAUCUAAUAUUGGAUGAGGAAUCGGAAGCUGAAUCAAAAAUAAUCAAGGUUUUCAAAGAUUCGCCCUAUCUUGUCGUUUCCCUGCUGAAUUUAAGAUGGUAUGCCAUUCUUGUGUCACCACCGUCUUGGUUACCAGAUCAAAGUCCUUGGGCAAGGAGGGUUUCCAGUAAUUUUACAGCUAGGCUCGGUGGCUAGCUGAUUUAGAGAUGCUAACACCUACUACUUCUUUGUAUGGUCUUGAUCAUGCUACAGCGUUUGAUUUCUGCAUACUUGUAAUUGUCCAAGCAUAUAUGUCAGACAGGUGGGAAUGUUGAGCAUCUCUUUGGUAAAUAUUUGUGGCGCAGCUCGAUUCUGUAAAUCAUGGAGAGGGCGAGUUGUACUUUUCUGCAUUGGUUGGAAUGCUGGAUGAACAAUCAGGUAUGUACAAGUUGUAGAUGAUGUAUUCUGUAGAAUUAGAGGAUAACUCCUGGGAAUCGCGACGUGCCUGAUCUUCUCCAACAGACGAGACAGCGCUAUUUUAGACCAUUCGCCUCUGUCUGCAUAUACUAGCAUAUGCAGCUCUGUAACUCAAUUUUGUAAUAUUGUUUGUGAGAGGAGAGAGAUGCAAUAUGAAUCUCUAACUGGAUUUCAACACUUAUGAUCAGUUAGUUAUCUGUGUUGUGAAGAUCUUAACCUCUGUUAAAUUUGGAUGUUGGAUGCAUAUUGCAGAUCUUAACCUCUGUUAAAUUUUGUUAUUGGAUA